UAUUAUUAUUAUUAUUAUACUGUUGUUGUUGCACUUUGACUUCUUUGUGUUUUUAAAAACUCUAUUCACAUCUGAUGGCCCUAUGCAUCUCAUGUAAGUAGAUAAGUUUUUCUUAGUAAAUUGGUGAAUGUUUGACAUGGUUUUCUGUGUCUGGUGCUUUGCUUUUUUUUAUUCCCACAGUCUGCAGACCUAUACUGUAAACUGGCGUACCACAACCUGAUAACAAAAGAGGACGUCAGUGUCCAGAGUAUUAAGUCCAAUUUGACUUAUCUGUUUUCCUGGAGACUUGAAACAAGUGGAAACUGGCAGGAUGUGAGGAGGAAAUGUGGGGGAGGGACAUCAGUUAAACAAUGAGCAAUUUCAUUUCUUGCACUUUACACCUUCAAAUUAAAAGCUGAGUUUCAUGGAAAUCAACACAAUGCAUAUCUUUGCAAUCUGGAUGUCAAUACUACAAUGAAAAAGACUAGUCCUGAACAUUAUUGCCUGUGUACAAAAGGUUUUUUUUUUUCUGCCUCUUUGCCUGACUGAACAAACACAGGCUGCAUUGCUCCUUGGUCAGCGUCUGUUGAUUUUCAGUUUGUACUGCACUGGAAACAAUGGUGUAUGAAUGCUGUGCAACCAUAGCAAUCACAGAGAAUGCAGAUCCCCAAAGUGCUGGGUAAAUUUGUUUGAAAUUUCAUUUAUUGCAUAAGCAUGACAAUAGAACUACAAAUGGGAUACAGUCUGGUAAGUGUACAAUUGAAGAAACAUUAGGCCAAACAUGAAGUCCAAAGUGGAAGCAGAGGACGCUAGUAGAAUGCAAAGUUGACACUGUGGAGACUGUUGACUCACUCCCCCAAAUAAAUGACAACAGUGAAGCCAAUAAGAGACCUCUCACUGUGACCUGUGAGGUUUUUUUACUCCUGCUGACAGAGCAACAAUUUCAGGGGUUUGUUCGCUCCCAGAAGCCAAUCUCAAAAAAACAUCUAGCAGCAGGUGCUUUUUACAUUUCCAGAUCAAGCUAUGAAAUGGGAGGAGUCAAAAGAAAUAUCAUUCUGUACUCGCUGUGCUGCUGCUAUGCAAUCCCACAAUAUCUCUGCACUGGACUUCAUUCUCAGACUGUGAGAUUUUCAACUCAAGUUGGUAUUCAUAUGGAACGGCAGUCCAUGUGUCCUCAGAUCAGAAUGGGAGAGAAUCAUUUCCCAGGAUUCUAUAUUAUGUCCCAGUUCCACAUCGCUGAGCUGGCGAGAAGGGGCACCGUCAAAAAGGUUGCUGGACCAUCUCCUCAGGAUGUUGCUUAUCAAAUCGACCCAGCUUUCAACUUCAGAAUCAACACAAGAUCAGCUUAUCCUCUGGGACUGCCAGAGGAGUUUGUAUUUGAGAUAGUGCUGCGCAUGAGUGACAGCAGCAUAAAUAAAAACUGGAAUAUCUGGCAAAUGCAGGAUGUGAAUGGAGACGAGCAGCUGGCUGUCAGACUCAAUGGCAAGUCGAGGUCUUUGGAGUUUACCUUCACCGCACUGAACACCGGGAGGCAGACUGUUGUUUUGGGCCCCCUGCCUUUUCUUUUCAAUGACCAGUGGCACCGAGUGUUCCUGGACAUCAGGAGGCACAGUGUGGCUCUUUUUGUGGACUGUGUCUUGACGGGUUCUCAGAAUAUUCCACCCCGGAAAAAAGUCAGUCUUGACGGCUUCACGUUGAUAGGAAAGCUCAAGGACAACCCUUUGGUGGCAAUUCCGUUUGAACUCCACUCCAUGCUGAUUCACUGCGAUGUGAUGCGAGCCCAGACAGAGGUUUGUCACGGCCUCCCAGCCAGAACGUUGACUGAUGUGACAGAGGUGCAGAGAAACAAUGGGACCCCUGGCCCUAUUGGACCUGCAGGUGUCCCGGGAAUUGAUGGCAUCGCUGGGGACAGGGGAGAAGAUGGCGAGGAUGGUCUUCCUGGACCUGACGGAGAUGCAGGUAAACCCGGAUCAUCGGGAUUACCUGGAAUUCCUGGAAAUGACGGUCUGACCGGCUCCAUUGGAGAUCCUGGGCCUGAUGGUCCCCCUGGACAGAAAGGUGAACCUGGAAAACCUGGACCUCGUGGAACAGCUGGUGUUGGACCAGAUGGACCCGCUGGACCACCGGGGCCUGGAGGACUUCCUGGUGAAGUGGGGAAAGGUGGACUACCUGGGUCCAUGGGUGUGAGAGGGCCACAGGGACCUCGCGGAUCGACAGGGCCCAGGGGUGCAGCUGGAAUGCUCGGCAGUGCCGACCUGUGUCCAAACUCUUGCCCACCUGGGACCUCUGGACAUCCUGGUCUUCCUGGCAUGAAGGGCCACAAAGGAGUAAAAGGUGAAGCAGGAGAACCUGGAAAGCAAGGGCACAAGGGCGAGGAGGGAGACCAGGGAAGUCUGGGGGAGGUUGGGGCCCAAGGACCAACGGGCCCUCAGGGAAUUCGUGGAGCCACGGGAAUGAUGGGUCCCAAGGGAGAGAUGGGAGCUCGAGGUCUUGAUGGAGAUCCAGGUCCCCAGGGUGUCGCAGGGGCAACUGGAGAUCAAGGCCAGAGAGGCAUGAUGGGCGAGCCUGGGCCUAAAGGUGAAACGGGUGUUCAAGGGCCAAGAGGAAUCACAGGGCUUCCAGGUCCCAAAGGAGAGGCUGGUCUACCGGGUGUGGACGGUCGUGUGGGUAUUCCUGGGAUGCCAGGGGCAAAGGGAGGUAUUGGGAAGCCCGGCAUUCCUGGAGAAGUUGGACUUCAGGGGCUUCCUGGUUUGCCUGGUGCACCUGGACCAAAAGGCCUAGGUGGCCCAAAGGGAGAUGCAGGUCAGGCAGGCCUCCCUGGAACAAUAGGAUCUGCUGGCAAACCAGGUGAGCGUGGAGAACAAGGAGAGGUGGGAUCUGUCGGACCUAUUGGCGAGCCUGGAGAUGUAGGGGAGCAAGGCCCCGUAGGUCCAGCUGGCAAGCCAGGAGCCCGAGGACCCAAAGGUGACCCCGGCCUUCCUGGUCUUCCAGGUCCUCCUGGCCUGCCUGGAGUUAAAGGAGACAGAGGAGAACGUGGAGAAGCAGGACCCAAAGGAGAGCAAGGAGUACAAGGUGAUGAAGGAAAUCCUGGAGACAAAGGCGAUGUUGGUGAGGCAGGAGCACCUGGACCUAAAGGAGACACUGGUAACCCUGGAGAACCUGGCAGGAGAGGUCCUGAGGGGAGUCGAGGGCAGCCUGGCAUUGAAGGGCCUCCAGGCACACCUGGACCAAGGGGCAUGCAGGGAAACAGGGGUCCCCCUGGAGUCAGAGGGACCCAGGGUCCUGCGGGUAAAGAGCCAAGUGAGCAGCACAUCAAACAAGUUUGCAUGCGAGUCAUGCAAGAACAACUGGCUCAGUUAGCUGCUAGUUUAAGGAGGCCAGAGUCUGGCAUAGCAGGCUUACCUGGAAAACCUGGACCUCCAGGACCUCCUGGACCUCCAGGAGAUAAUGGCUUCCCUGGGCAGGCUGGAGCAAGAGGGCUUCCAGGACUCAAAGGGCCACCAGGACAGAUAGGAGUGAAAGGACCCAAAGGUGAAAUGGGUGACAGAGGGUCCAGAGGGCCCACUGUACGGGGACCUAAAGGUCAGCCAGGACCUCCUGGACUUCCUGGGGAGCCAGGCAAACCUGGCUACGGUCAGGAUGGUCGGGAUGGGCAGAGGGGACCUCCUGGUGUUCCUGGACAGCCCGGCGUUCCUGGGCCUCCUGGUGCAGCUGGUCCUAAUGGAUACUGUGACCCAUCGGCUUGCAACCUCCAGGCGGGGGCUGCCCACCAGUCUCUGGAUGUGAAGGGACCAGCAGGGAACUAAGAGACACUCUGGCAGAGACAGAAAGACUGUUGGAUUAUCUCCCCUGAGCACACAACAUUUUUCACACUUUCUUCCCAGGGGCUGUGGUUGGCGUGCUGCCUUUGAUACAUUAACCCCCAGUCCUGUGAGCAUGUUUUGUGCCAGCCACAUCUCCAUCAGACAGAGCCAGUCUCUUUGAGAUGCAAAAUCACACACCUUAUUUUUUUAUGAGCUGCAACAAUCUAGCUUGUUCCAUUGUGUUUUUCUACCUGAAAGAUGUUUUUAUAUAUCAAGGAUUGUCCUCGCAUUUCUAUGAUGAUAUGAAAUGACCAAAAACGGUUGUUUAUCCCACUCUCCUUGUACUUCUGCCUGAAUUUUUCUAUUUAUGUUCUCAAUUUUUACUCUUUUACUUAAAUAAAAGCUCUUAUACUUUCUCACAGAACAUCUCAGAUAAUCAUCCAAAGCAAAUCAGGGUCUGAAUUUUACUUGGCUAGCAUGCCUGGUUCAGUCAUUGUGUUGUGCUAUAAUAUACCAAAGAUAAACCUGCUAAAACUCUCAUUUUAUGUUCAAAUGUAUUCAUAUGUCUGACUGCCUUUCCAGUUCUAAAUAAAAAGGAGAGAGGAUGAAGAUGUCAUCAAGUCACACUGACUUGAGUGUAUGUUGUAAAUCUGUAAAAAACAAAACAAAACAAAAGUUUAUGUAGUUAAUUAUAUUUCCUACAAAACCACCUGAUGUGAGAUUGUGCCUCAUUGUACAGAAUGACAACAGAGUGCAGCUGUGCAUAUAUGGAAAUAUAUUUUAGGGAUGAUGGAAAUCCUCAUUAAUGUAACAAAUAAAUAAAAUCACACAUGCAGUGUUUAAUUUA